AUGUUACGCUUCGAGAAGUCGAAGCGAAUUAUGAGUGUAGAGAUAGGCAAGUUAUUGCGGAAAAAACUGCCGUGGCGCAUUGGUUUUUCAACUGCCGUUGAUUUGACUAUUAUUACCAGGAGCGGUCCCCGGUUUUAUCGCUGCUUUCCGCGGCCUGUUGGCUUUUCGCCAAAGUCACUCGCGAGCUGCAGCAGCUACGGCAAUCUGAAGGCUACCGCUGCUCGCUGCUACAUUGACGAUAGCCUACAUGCACACCAGCAUGAGGGCGCCCUACUGCAGUGGCAAGAGCGGGUUCCCACAGACUUGGAUAACGCGGCAUUCUUGGCUAGUGGCAAGAAGUGCUCUUUAGGACCGGAACAGAGAGAGGAGCGGUGGUUGGGCGCGGUGGUUGACACCGCCAAGGGCGCCCUUUUCGUAUCCGAAGGGGAGCGCCUCGCAGUGCAGAGGACAGUCGGUGCAGCUCUGGCGGCGUUUGACGCGGGAUCAUCCCUACCAGGUGUGCGGUGUGGGGGCCCUUUCAGGCACACUGCUUUCACGCUGCUGUCGCACUCGGUCGGAAAAUGUUUCGGUGCUUUUACGGCGCGGUAUUUGAGCGGUUGGGUCGUGGAGGAGGUCAAGGCCUGGUCCUACAACCACCGCCGACCAAUGUCUGUCUGUCAGUCGCCAAAGAAUUGCAGUCCUAGCACAAUUAUUUUUUGCAGCAUAUGA